AAUUAAAUAUUUAAAAAAUAUUAGGAAAGUCUUUUAAAUUGUAUUUAUGGCUUCCAUAUUUCAAAAAAGAUCUUAUUCAGAGAGGGAUGCUGUUUUUUCUGGAUUAAAAUCUAUGAUGGUCUGUGGUUCUGUUGGAUUGAUGGCAUCUGCUGUGCAGAGUGCUAUAGCAAAGGAUUCAUAUGAUAUUAAGAAUGUCUUACUACGUAGCAGAAAUAUUAUUAUGACAUAUGCUCUUAUGGGAGGAUCAUUUUCAUUUACAGAGGCAUUUGUCUCAAAUCUUCGUAAAAAAGAUGAUCCGCUUAAUGCCUUUGCAGGGGGAGUUGUUUCUGGCUCAAUCGGUGCCAUAAGAGUACGGUCUUUACCGGUAGUUGUAGGCUAUGGAAUAGGGCUAGGAUGCUUUAUGGGUCUUUUUGAUUGGUGUGGAGGCACUUUGAUGGGAUUAUAUCAUGAUUUUUAUGGAGAGGAUUCAAAGAAAUUAAGGGAAAGUCUUUUUAAGGUGGAAUAUAGACGGCCUAGAUCAGAAAUUGUGGAAGCAAUUGGUAGCGGGAGAGGCAUAUGAGUAGAAUGAAUGUUUUAGAGAGGUUAUAUAUUUUAUUAUUUGAA